AUGCAUACCGAGACUGAACAAGCCUUUAUUCGGGAGGUUUGGGCGUUGCAAGGAACUUCCUAUAUUGUUGUCGCCCUUCGUUACUACAGCAAAUUUUCGAUCUUGGGAUGGCAAAGCUUGGCAUGGGACGAUGCUAUGAUGCUCCUGGCCACUGUGUUUUAUACGGCAGAAUCGGUCAUGGCCUAUUGUGUUGUGGCCUACUGGAAAGGCCUUGCCAACAAUGCGAUGACGGACGCAUACCGAGAAUCACUUGAUCCAAAUUCAAGAGAGUGGUAUCUACGAGUCGGCGGAUCAAAAAGCAACGUUGCUGGUCUUAUAAUAUAUGCCACACUCCUCUGGCUGCUAAAGGCUUGUUGGCUGGUGUAUUAUGCACGUUUAACGGAGGGAGUCAAUAACAUGCGUUCCAUGAUACGCUGGGGGGUUGCUAUUAUUGGUUUGAGUUACAUUGCUUGUUUACUUGUGGCCUUCUUGAAGUGUAUUCCCUUUGAUCACCAGUGGCAAAUCAACCCUUCACCAGGAAAUAACUGCAUGCCCGCGAUUUCUACCCUCCAAACUAUUUUCGUUAUGGUUAUGAAUACCCUCACUGAUUUUUAUAUCAUGGCUAUACCACUACCUCUGGUAUGGAAAGCGCAUCUUCCUUGGAGAAAGAAAUUCGUACUUCUAUUCAUGUUUGGUGGUGGCUUUCUUGAAAUGGCAUUUGGUAUCCUGAGAUGCGUAUCUAUAUUGACAGUAAGCUUUCCUCCUCCGAUUUACUUGCUCGGCGAUAUCGACCCGGCCCAAUCGGGAUACUGGUCUGUUCGCGAAUCUUUUGUUUGUGUUGUAUUGACCAACCUGCCUAUGGUAUACGCAUUAUUUAGCAGAUAUAUUGAGAAGGGAGUGAGCGCGGCUAGAUCGAAAGGUGACAGUGGGGUUGGAAUUAGAGGUUACCGGCUCAGCAGUCUGCGAAGUCGUGGUGCGACUAUAGGGCAAAAGCAGAGGCCACCCGGGACUGAUCCCAACGACACAGCAUGGGACUCUGAAGAGUAUAUAAAUGCGGAAGGGGUCCAGGGCCGCUCAAUAGACAGUGAGGAAAGCUUCUUGAAUCUCCCUAAACAUCAAGCGGUUGGCGUUGCGUUUGAUGAGAGUGGGAUACCUGGGGGGGCUGCUCAGCCCACGAAUGGUACUCGUCAGAUCAUGGUCACAACAGAAUAUACCGUAACAGAAGGAGCUAGGCAUGACUCGAGGGAUAUCAAUAAAGCAGGCUUUAUCGGGUAG